GGGGUGAAUUUGGGGGGUUUUGGGUCAGACCCCGCCCCCUCCCUCACCUGUCCCCUCCGCCAGGUGUGGCCAUGUCCCGCGGGUACUUCCAGCACGGGGGGGUCACCUUCCCGGGGCUCCUCUACUCCCCCCGCGGCCUCGAGGCCGCCCGCGACUUCCCCGUGGAGGACGACGACGUCUUCAACGUCACCUACCAGAAAUCCGGGACGGUGUGGAUGCUGGAGAUCCUGAGCCUGAUCCGGCAGGGGGGCGACCCCCGCUGGUGCCGCUCGGUGCCCAACUGGGAGCGGGGGCCGUGGCUGGAGACGCUGCUGGGGCUGCGGAGGGCGCGCGGCAACGCCCGGCCCCGCAUCAUCAGCUCGCACCUGCCCCUGCACCUCUUCCCCAGGGCCUUCUUCGGCUCCAAGGCCAAGGUGAUUUACACCGUGCGGGACCCCAAGGACGUCCUGGUGUCCCUUUUCCACUUCUCCCGAAUCUUCCGGCCCUACAAAGACCCCGGGAGCCUCGAGGAGUUCAUGGAGAAGUUCCUGCAGGGAGACGUGCCCUUCGGCUCCUGGUUCCAGCACGUCCGGGGGUGGCUGCAGCUCCGCGGGCGCGAGAACUUCUUCUGGAUCAGCUACGAGGAGCUGCAGCAGGACCUGCGUGGCAGCGUGCAGCGCCUCUGCUCCUUCCUGGGCCGGCCGCUGUCGCCGGCGGCGCUGGACGCGGUGGUGGCCAACGCGUCCUUUGUCACCAUGAGCCACAACCCCAUGAGCAACUUCAGCCUCAGCCCCGCCUUCAUCCUGGACCGGCGGCGCGGGCCCUUCCUGCGCAAGGGAAUCUCGGGGGACUGGCGGAACCACCUGAGAAUCUCGGGGGACUGGCGGAACCACCUGACCCCCGAGCAGAGCCGGCGCUUCGACCUCGUCUACCGCCAGCAGAUGGAGGGGCUGGGGGCUAAUUAA